CAUCCUCUCGGCGCAUCGCGAGCAGCAGCAGCAGCAGUGUUCAGUCUAGCGCGUGGCUCCGACCCGAAAACGUUGGCAAACAAGAUAUAGUUUGUAUACACGAAUAAAAGACAGCAGUAUUCAAACAACAACAAUAACGACAACAUGAGUCUGGGCGCGGAGGUGGACUCUUGGGACGACAUCGAGGUGUCCAAGUCCGAGGACGUGCGCGACUUCAAUCAGCCGCAGACGGCGCCGAGCUAUCACCGAAGCGCGAAGAAGUCGUACAUACCGCAGCGUGCGUACAGGAAGUACCUGACGAAUCCCUGGAUCGUCGGGGUCGGUGUCGCUUUACUAGCUGCGAUUCUAAUUUUGAUAAUAGUCCUCAGCACAGUGACACUGGGCAGCGACGGUACAGAACCUUCGGAGCUGAGACCCAAGCCCGGCGGCACCAUCCGCGAUGGCCUGUAUCUCUUUGGCAACGGUAGCCUGUGGAACGCCUGCAUCAACGAGACCAACAACAACGGAGGCGAGGCUGUGCUGCGUCGCGUGCGCCAAGCCGAGGACACACCCUACGACUUCCUCGACUCGGCCACGACGAUCUUCGGCGUCAACAAUUCCAUCCUCUCCGUGUCCAGCAACAACGAUGACUCGGCCGCCGAGGUGCUGUUCCAGGACCCGAGAUUCCAGCCGCAGUCGGUGGCGGUGGAUCGGCUCACGGGCAAGGUCUACGCCCUGGACAAGCAGGCCGGCACUCUGCUGGUCGUAGACGUGGCCAGUCGCAAUUUCACGAUACUGAUGUCGGAUCUGCUGGCGCCCCACGAGAUCGUCCUCGAUCCGGCCCGAGGCGAGAUGUUCGUACUGCAGUUGGCGACUUCGAUCGUUCGGGCCAACAUGGACGGCAGCGCGCGUCGCAACAUCGUCAGCUACAUGAACAUCAGCGCGCUGGCGAUCGACCGGGGCCGGCAGCGGCUCUACUGGAUCAACGACGACAGACAGAUCCAGAGCGCCGAUUAUCACGGCAACGACCGGGUGACCCUCUUCACGGACCACACGAGGAUCGCGAGCCUGGCCGUGCACGGGGACAGGCUCUACUGGCUGUGGCCGGCCACCGCCGGAGAAUCGAGCAACAACUCGACCCUGUGGCGAUGUCGGCUGUCCGCGAACGACACCUCGGCCUGUAGCGAGCACACCGUCCAGCCGAUUCCAGGCCUAAGCAACGUCACGUCCAUCCGGUCGUUCUCGUCUCCUCCCUCCAGCACCAACGCCAGCAGCAAUCAUCCCUGCUCCGUGCAAAACGGCGGCUGUCAGCAACUCUGUCUUCUAUCGUCACCGAGCCGGGCCGGCCGUAGCUGCGGCUGCUACCUGGGCCAUCGUCAGAAAUCCCAGGACUCGCGCGGCUGCGAGCCCGCCGACGUGUUCCUCCUCUACGUGGCCAACUCGUACGCCCGUGCCCAACUGGCCGAGGAGAGCUUCGGCUGGGCAGGCGUCGACGUUAUACUGCCCACGAAAUUGAGCCUACGGCCGCUCCAGCGCAAGAGCGUGCUCGACUUCGAGUACGACUGGUUCAACGAUGCGCUGUACUUCAGCGACGACUCCAACAUCUACGCGACGAGUCUCAGGGGCUGGAGCGAGCAGAGGACUUUGUUGACGGUGGCGAGCGGCUACUACUACGAGGACAUGGCCUACGACUGGGUGUCGGGCAACGUCUACUACACCGAGGCGUCGCUGAGUCCGGGCAACAAGCACCGACUGAUGAUGUUCAGCGAGCGCAAUCCGCGCGAUUAUCGGCGCACCGUGGCGAGCUUCAACUACUACGACGAGUUCGGCGUGAAGGGCGCCCCGUACUCGACGCUGAUGGACUCGAUACGCGGCGUGCUGUACUUCUCGGCGGCGGACACGAGCGGACGCGACCGCGUGCGCAACAUCUACGAGCUGGCGGAGAACGGCACGAGGCUGGACGGCCGGCUCACGGCCAAGUACGUGCACGAGCAUCGCAUCCUGGCGCUGGACCAGUCGGCCGGCCGCAUCUACUGGAUCUGGGAGGCGGAGCGGAAUCGGGCCACGCUGAAGUGGACGGAGACCCGGGAGCCGGGCGUGGUGACGCGCCGACUCGACGUGGACGUGGACGAGCCGCUGCGCAGCGUCGGGGUGCAGGGCGACUGGCUCUACCUCGGCACGGCGCGCAAGAUCAGCCGCGUGAACAAGGACACGGCCGAGGACGCCGAGCGUCUGGUGCCGCGCUACGUCGAGCGCGCCGGACUGAUCAUCAGCGGCGGUCCGUACGAGAGAUCGAGCCAGGACAUCGACGGUUUUCGCGUGAUCGACGUGUCGAGGUCGUUCGCCGGCCAGGCCGAAUUUUUGAGGGACAUCUGCGCCGAGUCGAGGUGCCAGCAGAUCUGUUACGCGGGCGACAGGUCGCAGGAUCUCCAGGCGAUGACCAAGCUGACGGAGCCGAGCUGCGACUGCGCGGAUAAUCUGAGACUGAGCGAGGACGGAGCUUGCUUUUGAGGAGCAGCUGGCGGUGGUGGUGCUGCUGCGUUGUGUGUAUAUAUUUUUUGUCGGUAGAUCGUAAGAAUAAUAAAAAAGAAAAGAAAUAUAUAUUUUUGGGAUGUUGCAUUUUAUUUUUCAAAAUCUUUACAAAUUAUGGUAAUUUGAAUGUAAUCGUUACGCACGAUAUUCUUUAUGAUUGAUUGUCGGAUAAAGUAUAAUAAAUUACUUUUUAAU